AUGGGACCUCACUCUAAAGAUGAUAAUUUAUUUGUAGAACCAAUUAAUACUAUUAACAUUAAUGUAAAUUUGCCCAAAAAUACAACAAACUUAACAUUACCAAACCAUUCAAAACGAACACAUUCAAAUGAACCGACAAAAAAUCAUAAAUCAAAAUUUAGAACAGGAACGACAGUAUUAACUCCACCUAUUACUCCACCUAUUAUUACGAUACGUGCACGUAUUCCAACUCUAACAAAAGGAGAAUUUUUUUUGAAUUUAUAUAAAAAUAAUAAGGACAAUAAGGAACAUUUAACAAUUAUAUAUGGGAAUGACAUACGUAGUAAAAGUUUAGAUAGACCACGACCGGGUGAAAAGGAAAUAGAUAGAAUGAUAAGAGGUGCAUACACAGGUAGAUUAAGACCUGGGCAAACCAAAUCGGAUGAACUAGACGAAUCGAUUAAUAACAUUUCAACAAAUGAACAACAAUCACCAUUAGUAAGAAUCCAUUCAGAAUGUUUUACGGGUGAAACUGUACAUAGUGCAAGAUGUGAUUGUGGUGAACAAUUGGAAGAAGCAAUGAGAUUGAUUCAAUCUGAAGGUCGUGGAGUCAUUGUAUAUUUGAGACAAGAAGGAAGAGGUAUUGGAUUGGCUGAUAAACUUCGAGCGUAUAAUCUUCAAGAUUUAGGGCAUGAUACAGUGACUGCUAAUUUACUUUUACAUCACUCUCCUGAUCUUCGGAAUUAUGAUAUUGCCAAUCAAAUUCUUAAAGAUCUUAAUUUAAAAUCUAUAAGAUUAUUGACUAAUAAUCCUGAUAAAAUUAAACAAAUCAAUGAAUCAGGAAUUAAAGUGGCUGAACAAUUGAAUAAAUACCUUAAAGUAAAGGUUGAGAAAAUGAGACAUUUAUUAAAUAUUCCCGAAAUAUUGCUCAAAUAA